UGUGUGGAAGCAGGCAGUGAGACGAUCCUCCUGCUAUCCUCCUUCUCUCCCCCUUCCCAGUCGCCCGCCGGCGCACCGCACAGCACAUCCCCAUUCAGCGAUGCUGCACAUACCACCGGGUCUCUAGCCGCUGAUCACCAGCCACACAAAGGAUUUCAACUCCGCCCUCGCACCGCGCCGGAGCUCUGAAGGAUACCUGUCCCUUUCCUGUUAUUUAUAGAACAUGAAAAAGAGGAUGCGGCAAGGUAGAAGCGAUACCUAGAAGAACCAAACAUUGGCGUGGUCUCUCCGUCUGGAAGUGUCAAGGUGCCAAACCACUGUCAAAUUCGGGUUAUUUCUUCUUCUUCUUCUUCUUCUUCUUCUUCGAUCUCUGCCGUCUGUUGCUGAUUUUAAUAUUUGUAAUGGCACGAUUUUGAAUACAAUGAAUGAAGGGUUGCAGGCUAAUGUAAGCUGGCGUCCAGACCGUGCAACUGAGAAUGUCUCCGCCGCGGUUUCUUCACUGGACCCCAUCCUCAAUUCAGACCCCCAAAUCAUCGUCAACCCCUGGGACAUUGUUCUCUGCACUUCCGGGACCAUCAUCUCCUGCGAAAACGCCAUCGUCGUGCUGAUAAUAUUCCACAACCCCAGCCUGCGGGCCCCCAUGUUCCUCCUCAUCGGCAGCCUGGCACUGGCUGACCUGCUUGCAGGUCUGGGGCUGGUCAUCAACUUCAUCUUCACCUACCUGCUGCAGUCCGACUCGGCCAAGCUGGUCACCCUGGGGCUGGUCGUCGCCUCGUUCUCCGCUUCGGUGUGCAGCCUGUUCGCCAUCACUAUAGACCGCUACCUCUCCCUGUACUACGCGCUGACCUACAACUCAGAAAGGACCGUUACUUUCACCUACGUCAUGCUCGUCGUGCUGUGGGGGACCUCCAUCUGCCUGGGUCUGCUCCCUGUAAUGGGGUGGAACUGCCUGCGGGAUGAGUCUACUUGCAGCAUCAUCCGGCCGCUCACCAAGAACAACGUGGCCUCGCUGUCCGUCUCCUUCCUGCUCAUGUUCGGGCUCAUGCUCCAGCUCUACGUGCAGAUCUGCAAGAUCGUGAUGCGCCACGCCCACCAGAUCGCCCUCCAGCACCACUUCCUCGCCACCUCGCAUUACGUGACUACCCGGAAAGGGGUCUCCACACUGGCCAUUAUCCUGGGGACAUUCGCGGCUUGCUGGAUGCCUUUCACACUCUACUCCCUCAUCGCCGAUUACACCUACCCUUCCAUCUACACCUACGCUACCCUGGUGCCGGCCACGUACAACUCCAUCAUAAACCCCGUCAUUUAUGCUUUCCGAAACCAGGAGAUCCAGAAAGCCCUGUGGCUCAUCUGCUGCGGGUGCAUCCCCGCCAGUGUGUCUCAAAGGGUGAGGUCGCCGAGCGAUGUGUAAUGUAACAGCCACGAUGGCAACACAAAUACCAGUAGCGAAACCAGCAAGCCACUGCUUUAUGUUUCUGGGGGAAUAUCUGACCAUGACAUGUGUUAUUAUUUUGCUGAAAGGAGGCUUUAUAUGGUUUACAAAUUCAAUCCAGGUAGGAAACAAGUUAAGGGCUUAAGGUUUGGAUUGUAAAAGCGUUCCCGUCACUUCAUUGCAUAAGGUUGCCAAUCAUGGUCCUGGAGGGGCCAUUCCACCCCUGGUCCUGCGGACAUCCACUCUCAAGUUCCUGGGUGUAAAAAGACGCCAAUUGGCUUGUGGGAUCGGAGGACGCCCACUGAGCCUCGGGUCCCUGAGCUGUGUGGGGAAUCGCCCCGGUAAAGGAGAAAAAUAAUAAUAAUUGGGCACUCCAAAUUGGGAGAAAAUUAAAAAUAAUUGAAGAUUCUAAAUUAAAAAAAACAAACCUGGAGUGGAAUGGCCCUCUAGAUGCGUGAUUGGUCACCCUUGUGGAUAUGGCAACGUUAGCUUAGGUGUUACAAUACCCGGGCAUACCCAAGCAUCCAUGUUAUUAUUCACAUGGGGGGGCAGCUUCUCUUUCAUUGGGGGCUUAGCAUGCACUGCAGAUAUAUUUUAGAAAGCAAGGGAGCGAUGUGGAACUGAGCGUCACACUGCUGCACCGGGGACGUGCAGGGAAAGUGAAACCACAGCACGGAGAGCAGCUAAAAAUAGAAGCAUGCCUUCAUCACACUACAGCUUAGGAGACUUUCACAAAGAUUGCUCAGCCUACAUGCUUGUAAAUAUCCAUGGUAUACAAUCUAGGCCUAUAGAGAGAGAGAGCGAUACUGGAAGGCCACACAUAUUGCAGCACAGUGUCCUGUUUAGCAAUGUGUAGAAAUAUAUAUAUUAGAACGUCCAGGUAUUUUGUUUUGCAAGUCGUAUUCAUUUUGAUUAAUAUUCUGUACCAUAGCUCAUGUACAAUAGACAUGCAUCUCUUUAAUGCUGCAUCCGAUUAUAACUGUUCUGUAAGAUGUGUAGCCUGUCAGCUACCCUUGAUAUUGGCUAACAUGGUUUCCUAUCAGAAUAUUAAUUUGCAUUCAAAUAACGUACUCAGACAUUUAGCGAAGCACAUUAGCUUACAGCACACAGUAUCAAACAGCACCAGGCUAACCAGGGCUGUAAAUAAGAGCUUGAGAACACUAUUGAAGAUGGGAAGCUGUUUGGAAAAUGUUUCAUUUUGCAGUGAUGCAAGAAGCUGUGAAAAGCUGCCUGUCAGCCUGUCAGCCUGGUUUACAGCCAGUAGGGAUUUAUAAAUCAAAAUAUGCCACACAGAUACAAUGUAAGCACACUUCUCGCAUUUGAAUUAUUGACUGGAGAGUUAGGUAGGAGUCCAAUGUGCAAUCCAGUUGUCUUUUAACAAGUCGAUUUUGAGCCAUUAAAUAUGUAUGUUCUUGAAAGAGCAUUUUAUAUUAAUUGUAAACAUACGCCUCACAUCUUAACUAGGCUGUAGUGUAGCAUCACCUUACACUGCAGUCCUGUUUAACAAGUGAAACGACAACACUAUUGAACUCGGCUUUCUUCUCCUGUGAAUAAAAUAGAUCUAUUGUUUUUGCAAAUUCAUUUCUAUGCAGAGUUGAUUGCAACACACAGUCAAAUUUUCAGUUAUGUAUUGGAUAAAAACUGAUCAAAUUUAAAUCCAUUGCUGGGAAGCCAUCCAGUACAGUACUGCCUCAUGAUGCAAAAGCACUUAUUACUUUUUCAAUUCACAACAUUAGAUCUGAUUUGUGUUUUUCUUACUCCAGUGUGAAUACGCCCUUUUAAGCUACUAAAUAAAAUGAUGAUGAUAAUUACUCGACCUUGCUCUUGCACUCAGCGACUGGAGAAUGUUAGGCGGAACACAAUGCACAGCAAAGCCUUCCUUAAAACACAGGGAACACAAUGAGUUUAUCUUGCAUCAGCGCGCACCAUGAUGUCGUCCCUCAAUUUCAGGAUUAUCAGAACAGAGCUUUCCAAACAGUUUGAGAAUCAGCAAUAACUCAAUAACCAGCAUUCAGAAUGCUUCGAAAUUCUACUUGUACAGCUAGGACUGAAGGACUGCAGCAAAAUUAAAAUAGCAAUACAGUACUGCCAAUCAGUCAAACCAAAGGCAAUCAAUACUAGAUCCCUUCUUGAGCAAAACAGAUGAAGGGCCUGCAUCAAUUAGACCAUCGUUCUGAGCGCUAUUAAUAUACUGCGUAGUAUUAGAAUCAGAGACAGUACUAUUUUUAUUUACACAAAGCACAUAUAUUUAACAUUGUGGUAAUCCAAUGACUCAGAGCCAGAACUCAGAUCAUAUCAAAGGCAGCUAUAUUAUAUCAGAAUGUUGAGCACUAUCAUGAAUUAGACUCUGUACAGUCACAGUGCAGCUUGCUCUUCAGUGCAUGUUCCCCUGUACUAUACAGAGACCCCUGUUUCCUUGCAUAGACCUUUACAUAGCCAUCCAAACAUCUGAGGGUGUCAUCAAGCACCAGCUGAUAUCAGGAAGCAUUUCCAUGCACUUUACAAUGUGAUUCCAGGAUGGAGUGCAUUCUGCAUGAGCCUUGUGUGGGGUGCACAUUUAUUACAGCACCCCAUUACUUCUGCAGUUCAGCAGUGUGCACAUGUAUUACAACACCCCAUUGCUUCUGCAGUUCAGCAGUGUGCACAUUUAUUACAACACCCCAUUGCUUCUGCAGUUCAGCAGUGUGCACAUUUAUUACAACACCCCAUUGCUUCUGCAGUUCAGCAGUGUGCACACUUAUUACAACACCCCAUUGCUUCUGCAGUUCAGCAGUGUGCACAUGUAUUACAACACCCCAUUGCUUCUGCAGUUCAGCAGUGUGCACAUUUAUUACAACACCCCAUUGCUUCUGCAGUUCACCAGUGUGCACACUUAUUACAACAUCCCAUUGCUUCUGCAGUUCAGCAGUGUGCACAUGUAUUACAACACUCCAUUGCUUCUGCAGUUCAGCAGUGUGCACAUGUAUUACAACACCCCAUUGCUUCUGCAGUUCAGCAGUGUGCACAUGUAUUACAACACUCCAUUGCUUCUGUAGUUCAGCAGUGUGCAACACCCCAGUGCUUCUGCAGUUUUGAUUUGUUGUGCAUAUGAAGUCAAACCACUGGAACUGAAAUUCUUGGAAAAUUGUCAAAAAAGGCAAAUUAGCAAUUGUCGAAUUUAAUUGAUUACUUUAAUAGGCCACACGUGCAAUUAAUUUAAAAUAGUAAGAGAAAAGGAACACUUAACCACAAACAGUGUUUUAGAAGUUGUUUAAGAUGCCUAAUUAAAGCACACAAGUGCCUAUUGUUUCUAUAUCACAGAUUACUGAGUGAAAAUGGAAAUCCGCCCCCCCCCCCCCGAGGUUUUCAUGCAGGUCGGUAUAUAAAGGAUAUCAAUGACACAUCUUGAGGUGUUCUAAUACAUUUUCACUCUGCUGUAUAUCAGUGUCGCUCACACAGACUUCAGCUGUCAGCCCCCUUGUUUGAACCCGGUCCCAGAGGGCUGCAGAAAUGAUCACAGGAUGAUGUCAGCUGUCAUUCCAGGGGGGGAUAUUGACACUACAAAAUGGUUUCUAAGCACUAGACAUGCAUUUUUAACUGCUUUACACACUCACAGCUCCCUCAUUGCUUUGGAGAAGUUCACUGGAAAUGUUUCGUAACAGAAGGCUUUCUUUUCCACUGGGACGGAGGCAGGCACAAACAAAGGCGUACCUUGAUGGAAAAAACAUAUUGAAGCACAGAACACUUGUCAGUUGCCUGAAAAACAUAAUUGUCAGUGGCUUGCUGGUUCUUUCCAGGCUGAUUCAGGGCACAUGACUGAUGUAUUCAAUGUUAAUCUGAGGCAAGGGCCUCUGCUGCAGUAACCUCACCUCCUAGAUUGUAAUGACCCUCGUUAAAGGCAUAAUGCUCAAAGGGAAGAUCCCCUCUCCCUGUGAUGUCACGAGAGAGCUGUGCAUUCUCUGUAUAAUAACAGAAUCUCGGCAAGUGUACAAUGCACUGUUUCUCUAGCAGUGAAGAGCUUACAGGUUCUGCCCAGGUUCAAUGGAAAUGGUGGACGCAACACCCCAGGAGAUUUGUAGCAUUCUGCAAGCUGUUCUGGACAUUCAGACCUGAAGUAUAAAGAAAGUGAAAUGGAGCACCCACUUCGUGAAGCUGUAUCGAUUGCUGACGUGUUCAGUUUAAAUGCAGUGCUGUACUACAACACUGAGAAGCAGGAUUCUUAACUGUGGACAAGGGAUUAGAGCAGAAAGAGUCAGGACUGAGGAAUACACACCUAAAGAAAAAGAAAAAGAAUUAUGUGAUGUAAGUCAAGCGGACAUCUUGUUGGGACACAGGUCAAUGUGUGUACGGAUUUAUCCAGUAGGGCCACAGGACAGAAGCAAACUGAGCACAAAGGGAUCAAUUGAUAGUUGGAUGGGUCAUUAUAUUGAAGACAGCUGGACUGGAUGGAGUUCUGUGCGAAUCCCUUUGCUUUGCGGAGCAGUCACUGGUUCACAUUGAUUGUGCAUCACAGAAAAGCCGUCACUGAGAAAGGAAAUUCUGUACAAUUCAAUCUGAAGGAUGCCACAAGCCGACCUGCUGAUAUGGUUGUCUAACUGAGACACUUAAUAUACACAACCAGCCAGCUCCUCCAGAACAGCUGUCAAUGUCCUUUCAUCUUGUGAAAACUUCAGAAGAGCUCAUUUGGGGAUGGAUAUCCCACCUCAAUAAUGUGAAGGCCUCCCUUCUGCAAACCAUGGAAGGGAAAGGGCUUCAUUUCGUGCAUAGACAUUUACCCUUUGAAUUGAAUUGAAAGUUAAAGCAAGUGUAGUCACAGCAUAUGAAUGGCAAACACAUGGUAUUAGACUCUUGGAUAAGUUACCUGAACAAAAGCAGGUAGCGUGUUAUUGUGAGUGUCAUAAAGAAGCAUUUCAAUGAACCGUUUGCUGAAGUUUAGUUCCAUGUUAAUAAACAGUCAAUAGACACGCCAUGCAUGUGUGUAUCUGUCAUUAGACUGUCAUUGGAGCUCAUAUUUCAUAUGCAUGUAUGUAGUUUCCUGCUCUAGUAAAAAAAAAAAAAGAAAUACAAAGACUGCUGUGUAGCGUUCCUGAUAUUAUUCUAUAAGCUAUCCACACUAUCUAAAUAAUGUGCAUUUAAACCACACGACUGCCAUUCACAAUCAUGUAUUCAGAUUGUGAUGAUCGUGUGAAUAGGGUAUUAGUAGCUUUACACACCAGUCUUUGUACGUGAUCUUUACUGGAGCAGGAAACUAGCAAGUCAAAAAACCUACUCAACAUACACAUGAAAUAGGAGCUUCAAUGGCUGUGUAAUGGUAGAUACACGCAUGCAUGGCGUAUCUAUUCACUGUUUAUUAACAUGGAACUCAAUUGCAGCAAAUGGCUAAUUGCUAGGGCUGCCAGCUGUCUCUGUUUUCCCUGGAUUAUCCUGGCUUUGAGAAAGGUGUCCCGGUAAUUCAAUAUGCCUUCCCAGGACACCAAAUGCCAGCAAGUUAGAUAAAUCGGGAUACAAUAUUACUGCAAUAGACGCGCAAUAUGAAUUGGUUGUCAAUACUGCAGUAGUAAUAUUAUCAGUGCUUCCUAGUGCAUGAAUAUUUCUAAAGAAAGUUUACACUUUGAACCGCCCCCUUGCACUGCCCUGUGUUGUUCGGUGGCAACCUUAUUAAUUGCAAAUUAAUUCAAUACUUUUUUAUGACAAUCCCAAUGAAGCGUUACCUCCAAAGUCAUUACACGUGUGACUAGCCUGGGAUUCUCGGAGCUUUGGCUGAAGCCCUGUUUUAUUCUGAGCACCUCAGAAUAAAACAGGGCAGUGAAGUGUCCGCUGCCACUGAUACAAAUCACAUCCCAAAUGAAAGAGCCAAGAAGGAACUGAGGUGCUAGGACUGACCAGUAAAAUCACGCAGCUUAGCGAGGUGCUGGGAAUUGAAAUUGUGUUUCUGUAAAGAUAUUAUCUUGCUGUUGUUUCAUCGGUAACACUGUACAUGAAGUGUCUCUAAUUACUGUGCAUUUACAUCGUAGUUUCUUAGUAAAUACACGUGUACUCACACGGCAUUACAAUGUUAGUAUGCAUGGUUACAAUGUAGCCACUAUGCAUGGUUACGGUGUUACCGUUUCUUAUUCAUCUUGCAGUGCUAGAUAAGUGACCAUAGCUGGUUCACACUGAGGAGCUCCAAUAAGUGUUUGUCACUGAAUGCAUGGCUUCCAGCUUCAUAGCUGGGUACGGAUAUUCUUUACAAAGGAACUUCCAGGUCAAAUCAUUUCCUAAAAGCAGGAAAUUUAAAAAAAAACUAAAACAAAAAAUAAUAAUUGCAACCCCCAUUUUUAUUAUUCCCUCUUUCAUUGAACCACUCAUUCUAUAAACAUCCAUUCUAGAGUCUACUGCCUUAUAGUGACACCUGCUGGGAGACUGCAGUACUGCAGCUUCUAUCCCAGCCGGCGUUUGUCAGUGCCUGCUUCUUGCUCAAUUCCGCGUCUCCAUCCUUACUAUAAAGGGCAUUAUAAAACUCGCUUGUAAAUUGAGGGUGCAGAGCAAGGUCGAAAGGCUGUAGCUUCCCAAGACUCCACUCUGUCGCUUUUAUAAAACGCAGCCUAGUGUAAAUGUGUGCAUUGUUGAGUGUGUAGCUCAAGAGGCGAGGAUGAACUGUUCUCAAUUCUUUAGAGCUCUCUGUAUCGUGUCAGGGAGCGGUGAAACAGCAUGUUACACGCAUACUGUAUAUACUACUGGAUGUUUUGAAAUAGAAGCUGCCGAUAAGUGUGCUGUGUGCGCAAGGGUUACCGCGGAGCAUCUUGUGUAAAAGUGUUAGUAGCUAACUGGGAAAAUGCACUUUAUUUUAAACAGAAAUGGCACAACCGGUUACGUAUCUGCAAAAUGAAACUAAAUAAAUAAUAAGAAUAAUAGUAAUAAUGACAAUAAUAAUAAUAAUAAUAAUGUCAAGCUGCACUAAGACGUUAUUACAUGUGUGUAACAGUGGGGUUUCUUUUUUCAUUGUAAUUUUUAUGGCUUCAGUUCGUUAAAAUAACUUCAGAAAUGUUGUUAAUUUUGUAUUACAUGAUGUACUGUGUCUUAAAAAAUAAAGUUGUUUUUUCUUUUUAUAGAAGUUA